AUGAGGAAGGAUUAUGGCUGGGGAGAUGAGGUCGUGAUUCAGAUCCCGAGCCCCGAGGAAAGCAUUACUACCCACGUGGAGGGAUUUUUAAGUGUCUUCACUUAUCCCUUCACACUGGGUCCCCUCGAUCCGGUGGUGAUCGACUUUUGCAAAACAUACGAAGUCACCCUCGGUCAGAUUCACCCUUCUUUUUGGCGUAUUGUGAUCAUGCUGCGCUUCUUUUCCGAAAAGGCUGAGGGGUUAGAAUUCACCCUCAGCCACCUGAUCAAAUUAUAUCGGCCCCAUCUAUUUCGAGGGCUCAUCAAGUUGCAACGUGGAACUACGAAAGCCAUCUUUGCCAGUACUGACGAGACCAAAGAUCGAGGUUGGAUGAGCCGUUUCGUCAGAGUAAGGACUUCAGAUAUUAUCCCCGGGGACAAAAUGCCAUUCCCAGAGAGCCACUGUCUGGGUGCCCCUCGCAGUGCCAGACCUCGAGGAUUGGGUACAAAAAAGUUAGCUGCCACCUCUUCCUACGAUGAGCGCAAGUGGCAUGAAUUAGCGAAGGGCCAGUGGGAGGCCAAGAACCAUGGCCUUAGGGAUGCAUCUGAGAUGAGGCCGGCUCCGCCCGGGGAGAAGACCAAGCCUUCGAUUCCAAAAUUGGAGAAGGACAAUAAAAGGAAGAGGGUUUCGAAGCCCGAAGACCCUCAGGAGAAGAAAACCCCUACUCGGAGGCUGCAGAAGAGGUUUGCUCAGGCGGGCGCGGAUUCGGCCCCUUGUUCCCCAGGUGACGAAGAAAAUGAUGAUGAAGAGUCGGCGCUGGGAACUCCAAAAAAAGAUGCGGGCAAGGCCCCCGUAUCCCCGGAGGUUGAGAUCGUCCCUCUAUCUUCAACAACUAUUCCGGAGGGGGCAAAUGCUGAGACCCCUGAAGCUAAUGAGAACGCCCCGAGUGAAGAGCUUGGGGCCGCGAAAACAGGUCACUCCCUUUCUUUUCCAACUUAUUCCGAGGGGGCAAUCGAGGAAGCCAACGCUCUACGUAUGCCCGAUCCGAGCGAGGUCCUCGAGGAAGAUCCCUUUCAGGGUUGCUACGCUGGGAUUGAGGAUGCCAAUGACCUUAACGAUGCAUCUACCAUCUUCGAAGAGGCUCAACAUCUCCUCUCCCGGGCUAUCGUAAAGUUUAGAGCUGAGGUGAGCCAAUGUGAGGCCGAGCUCAAGAAAGUUUCGGGUGAAGAGAAGGCCCUAAGGCUCCUCUGUAGCCAAAAGGAAGAGGAGCUUAAGGAUCUCCGGACCGCAUUGACCAAAGCUCAAAAAAGCAAGUCCGGGCUAGAUGAGCAGCAAAAUCUAGAGAUGAUUGGGAAGCUCCGGAGUGAGGUUGAUCAAGUUAAAGCUGGUUGUCAUCAAUGGAAGAAGAGCAUGGAUCAACUUGAUGUCGAUAAAGAAGCCGUUACGGCCCAACUGGCCUCAGCUGAAACCCAGCUCCGAAGCAUUAAAGCGAAGGGUCUGUCUCAGGCCAAGAAGAUCGAGGAGUUGGAGGCUGAGCUCGCUAGACCCCAGGUCGAAACUGUACAGGCCAAGGCUGAAGUUGUACAGGUUAAGGCUGAAGCUGAGAAGACGAAGGCUGCGGCUGAUAAAUCCAUUGCCAUGUACUUAAGGGAUGUUAUGGCCGUUCAAGCUGAAUUGAGGGAGGCCUCCGACUGGGGAAAGCGAAGCAAUGAUUUGGCUAAGUGCCAAGCCCGGAGGGAGACUCUCAAAGAAAUCCAUGCCCAGGGGUUCAAUCUUGCCGAGGAGAUAGCCGAGGCAAAGGCGCGGGAAACUGAUGCCAGGUUUCUUGUCUCCUCCGAUGAUGAGGACGUAGCGAGUGGCUCCGGGGACGGGGAAAGUGAAGAAGAUGUUCCCGAGGGAGAGGAGGCUCCCGAAGAUAGAGCUACUGAAGGUGCAGUUUCUGAAGAUGACGCUUCCAGGGGUGUGACCCCGAAAAUAGAUUAG